AUGGCACAAAUGUGGGACAAAAAUGUAAAUAUUUUAAUAUUUGAGAAAUUGGUUUAUUUAAAAAAUUGUUCUUAGGACAAAAUGGAAAUGGACGACGUCUGGGACGAUUCGGAACUCAUAAAAAUGUACGAGCAGUCAAUCAAAGAAGUCAAUGUAAGUGAAUUGAAAAUGAAAAUAAACCUCUGAAAGAAAUUCAUCUUCUCAGAACCAAAUGACAGCCAAAAGACUGACAGAGAAGAAGUUCACCGGAGAGGACGGAAAGGAAUACAAGGUGAGCGAACGGCAGAGCUCGUUGAACAAUUGAAAUGCUUUCAGUGGAAAGUGGGCUCAACGUGCAUGGCCCCGUUCGAGGAGAACGGAAACACAGAGUACUACGCGGCGCAGAUCGACUGGAUCGGAGAUGACCUCAACGUGGGCGUCACUUUCCUCUUCUACGGCAACGAAGCCGUCGUCGACAUGAAGCAUCUUUGGGAGUGAGUAGAAUUGAGAUGUUUUCAUGAAACGCGGAGUAUUUUUAGAAACGAGGAAGCGGUGGCAGAAGCUCUCGAACUGGACAGUCAGCGAAAAAACGGUGAUAAGCAGGGUAAAAGCUUUGCUUUCCAUCGCCAAUCUCAUCUUUUCUGGUUUUACAGCGACUCGUACCAAAAAGUCAGCGGUCCAAUCCGUCCGUUCCGUCUUCGAUCAGAUGCCGUCCGUGCCCAUUCCUUCGUUCGCGCCGCCCGUCCCUCCGAACAUUGUCGGAAUGGUGCCGGCCGGUGAGCGAGAGGCCCUGAGCAGCAUGCUGAUGAGCUGGUACAUGAGCGGAUACCACACCGGGUAUUACCAGGCACUCGCCGAUCGGAAAAAGUCGGAAACUAAAUGA